CCGUCAAGCCGCCGCUCAGACCUCACGUCUGCUGCUGGGCCCUGGGCCAUGGGCCACUGACGGUACGCCGUUACCACUUUCUCCCAUAGGAAUCUUGCAGACCGCAAAGUCCCCCAGAUUUCUGGCUUUUCCCUUCGCUUCUCGCCUUCUCGCCUUCUCCCAGCUUCCAGCUUCCAGCUGCCUUCCCAAGCAUUGCGACCCUGCCUCUUUCCUCUUGGCCUCUUCCGUCCCCGGUUCAAAUACCUCAGCUCGUCCCUCCACUCACCCUCCUCUCUUGUUUACUCCCUCGUCUGCCUCUUACUUCCGGGACAUACCCUCCUUGGCCAUAUCAUAUGUCGACAUCAUCUGAUAUCCACGCCUUCGCUGCCUCGUAUUGACCCUUCGACUCCCUUCGGCGCAUCGUUACAUCUAAACUGUCAACUGUUUGCUAUCUCUGCCGGCCUCAUCCCAUCGCUUGGAAAGAAAAAGGGAAGGGAACAUAACAUUUUACUUCGGGUCACAGUCUUUGCGCCAUUCAAAAGAUGUCAUUUGUCCCUCAGGAACAGCACCAACUUCCCACUCCCUCUGAUACUCCCAAAGCGAUGGAGCAAGAAGAACCUUCGCCAACGUCGUAUCCCAACCACUCAACCACCUGGACCCCGGUCGAUAGCGUGACUCCCAUAUCAACCAACCCGUCGAGGAAGCGCUCCCGUGACGAGACCGCGUUCGACGUCGAGGCGGACGGCUCUUAUUUCGCUUCGGUUGACACCCCGGCUCCGAUUCCUGAAGAAGAGCCCAUUUACGGCGAGGGAAUGGUCUUGCUCAAUCCGAAAACAGGCAUCUCGGUCUCGGCGGAGAGCCAGACGGGCACAUGGUACGAAGAGAAGGAGGACGAAAAAGCACUCAAGGAAGAGAUUGCUGCGGCAUAUGCUCGGCCCAAGCUGCCGACCAGUCGCAAAUCGGUCAGAUUGUCUCAGACGUCGCUCCGCCUACCAAUAGAGACCAAUAUCGCCUCGGCGCCAGCUAGUCCCCCAAAGACAGCCGUGGAGCGACCAGAGUUUGAUGAGGCGACUAUCGCGCUCGGUAUCGGAUGGACUAAGAUGGAGUCGGAAAGCGAAUCAAUGCAAGCCGCUGCCAGAGGCUGGGCGAAAUACCUGGACAAUCACUACUCGAGGGAUAUUCACGGCGCUCAAAUCCUCCUCAAGAAUGCUGGCCUCGACGCAUACCUUGUUGGCUGCCAAGAAGGUUUCUUCCUCUUCAGUGAAAGUCUCUUGGAAGGCAAGCUUGUCGGCAGAACGUGGGAAACUUGCCUUCACAAUCUGAGAUGCCAGCCUAUGGUCUUCGAAGGUGACAAGGUAUUGCGAGCCGAGAGCACACCAGGCCCGGAGGCUGCUCAGUCUCAGUUGUCGGAAAAAGUCCAGAUGGAGAAUUGGGCUGACUAUCAUCGGCUUAACCAUCCCCAACCGGUCGCUGUCCCUAACGGAGGCAUGGAUCUUGACUGAACGAGGUCUGUCCGCUCCAUGGGGACAACCUGCCCAGCGUCAGAAUGAUAGGGCAAGCAAGGUCGAAUCGGGAAGCCGACUUUGACUGUAAUCAGCGCUGAAUCAUCAGAACCAGCCGCUUUGACAGUCCGGCUCUAGCCUUUCACCAACUAGGCGAACCCUCCACGUUCUCGAUCGAUCUUGGCCAGCGCAUGGCAACGCCACCUCCCCGUCAGAGAUAUCAUCGGGAGGGGAUCCGCAUCAGUUGUGCAGAAAGUCAAGGCAGGCGAGCAUACAAGUCUCCUCGAAUACAACUGUCAUAUGCGCUAGACUAUACGUGCACUUGGCUUACCUGGCCGAUGACCAGAAGUUUACCUACCGCAUAAGAUUCUUCUGGCCCUGCAGAGUGUGUCAGCGCCAAUCCCAAUAUCGUCGCGGAGCACAGGAGCUUAUCGCACCCGCCAUGAAUGCCAAUUUGCAUUUGUCCUACCUCCAGUACCAAAAAAAAAUCUGUAUAAUGAAACGCCUCAUGUAUUAUUCUGAAAAGCCCGGAGCUACGAACAGAUGGAAGCAUGAGGAUCGCCGCGGGCUGCCAUACUGGGCUGUUAUAUCUUGAUGGCCACCAAUUCGGCAGUUACCCCACUACAUAUUUCAUCUCAAACACUUCAGCCUGAAUGUUUUCAAAUCCUUCGAGAGGGUAUUGAGAUCUUUCAGUCUCUUCGGACCUGUUCCCGCUGCUCUCGAGCCAUACCCAGGUUUUGCUGCCACUCUCGUCUUUGCCGCCGAACGCGGCAACACUGUUCGUCGCCUCACCCAUCUGUUUGAAGGCUUUAUGUUGUUUCUGUACCGAGCUGCUCAAGUCCCAUCCCCCAGCACCCGUGCUUGCAAAUGGGCUGUUGUUCCACUUCAAAGCCCAGUUGUCAAUCAUUGAUUCAGGGACUUGAUAUGCUGUGACCCUUAAUCGCUUGGGUCUUCCUCCAUCCUCUUGGCCCAAAGCACUGAUGUCUCCAUCAACAUGCCGCACAAGCGCAACAGUCAUAUAUUCGCCAAUGCUUUUGGCCAGGGCCACUGCAUCCGGGGUCGAGAGGAAUGCAAUAUGGUCAUCUCCGCUCUGCCAACCGCCGACAAGAUAGUACACGUCCUCGGUUGUCGGGUCAAUGGAGUGGUAAAGUUGGAAAGGAACUCCAUUCGCAGCGGAAGUGGCGAGGCCGCAGGCUCGAGUCCAGGUGGCAGUGAAGGAGUCGGUUAGGUUGGAAGACAACGAAGGGUGCAGGCGCACGGUUGCCAAUUCGAUCAGAGGCAUUUCUCAAUCAAGACCCAGGCCCUGAACUUCUAGCGGAAGAGAAGAAACUAAGUGUGAAGAGCUUGACGACCCUCGGAGGAGUCGAGAUUUUCAUCAGAACUCGAGCAUCCAGCGCUUUAUAUGUACAAUUCAUCAUGGCCAACGUCUCGGGGCUGUUCCCUUCCUGGCGGUGCGGACACGCGCGAGUCUCACAGCUCUGUAUCAAUCGAAAUUGUGCUUAGGCAGGCUGGUGAAGCUGCAGAGCGAGCCAUGAUCGGCAUUGCAGCUUCCCGAUGCAGAAAUUCGUGCCUUUGCGGAAAUAGUAAGGUUGAGCCGACCUCAUUCAGGACUGCAUACGCGGAACACUUACUUGAUAAUACCAGGGUGCUGACUGUCAGCAGCAGGUAGCGAUGGUGGCGAAGAAGGAGUGGGAGGAUGCGACUGAGAUGGCGUGGAUGGCUCGCAACUGCAGAGACAUGGUGGUGUCUCUCUGAUCCCCCGUAGACACUAGGGCUGA